AUGGACAAGGAUCAAGGCUUCGGCAAGUAUGCCAAGUACGAUGAGGCGAAAGGCCCUCUGCCGGAAACCUUUGAAUUUGUGAACCAGCUGAAGAUCACCGAAGAGCAGGUCAACCAGUCGUACGAGCACCAGCUCCCCUUUCACAUGUCCAUCGACGGCAAUGCGAAACCCAAGUAUUCGACGAACUGGGAGCGCUCUGUUGCAUAUCACUAUGGGUUGUAUAUGCCGGAGACCUAUGGCCCGACCAAGACGGCUGACGACAUCACCCUCGCGGUGGCCCAGUACUCCGAGAAGGUGCACCAGGACGCGCCCAAGGAUGCCUGCAAGUACCUGCAGAUCGAGGAGUUCCGCUGCUUGAACGUGCACCAGUAUGAGUCGCAGCCUGCGGUGGCUGCGAAGAAGUGCAUGAAGUGGUGGGACGAGGCCCAGAAGUGCCAGUGGGACCAGUCCAAGUUCAACAGCGGCACCACCUACAUAGAGGGGCCGCAGAUGCGCCGCAGGAGGCCGUACAUCUUCUACCCUGACUUCAAGUACGCGUGA